UGAUUAAAAACCUUUUAUUUGGCAAUAAAACAUGGACUGUGAUCCUGAACAACCACGUAUCAGCGAGGGUUUGAUGGUCAGUCUGCUCUGAUGCAGUUCUCACACACAACCAGCAGAUGUCGUUGUUCUGACUGUGUCAAAUGGUGUCGAGCAAUGUGUCGAUUUCAGCCCAACUGUGUCAUAGUUGCUCAGUGAUUCAUGAGGCUUAGAUUUCGCCAUCUCUAACAUACAGCCGAUGCCGUGGCGUGUGCCUCAGAGACAGCGGCAUGUGCUGUUCUGUCGUGCUGUAUAUGACACAGCCAUUCGCGCACUGCUCUACUCCAGUGCUCCCUUUAUUAUCUUACCCCCAAAGCAUACAUUUCCACGUCCAGGUGAAGCUGCAGGUUUGACUCCCGACCACUGGGUGGCGAUGACGGAGCAUUGAUAUCCAAAACGACGCCAUAGAAGAGAACAUGGUUCCGUUUCCAGGAACUGUUUAAUCUGUUGGCGGGUGAAAACCGCCAAGUGUGAAAGGCAGCAACUAGCUGCGGUGUGAUGAAGCGUCACUCCUGCUGUUGACUGCUCGUCGCUCCGCUUCUUCCGCCCCUCGGCAACAUGGAGGAGCUGUUCAACAAAGUCCUACAGGUGAACGUGAGGUGCAGAGACUGUGAGGAGAGGAGAGCAAAUAUCCGCGUCACAAUUGACCUUCAGUUGACAACGAGCCCAAUACAUAAAAGGGAUCUUCUAGUAAGACUAACAGAUGAUGCAGAUCCAUAUUUCCUCUUCAAUCUCUCAAUAUCAGAAGAAGAUUUCCAAAGUUUGAAAGUUCAGCAGGGCCUUUUGAUAGACUUCGCAUCAUUUCCUCAGAAGUUUAUUGACCUUCUAAACCUGUGUUAUUCUGAGCAGGAGUCAGACCAUCCAAGGUUUCUCCUGCAGCUGUCGGGUCAGAAUUCAGUGCUUGAAGGCCCCACCAGCUUCAGUGUUGUGGAGACAAAUGCCUUCAAACAUCUGAAUCACUUGUCUCUGCGGCUUACUCAAGGUUCUGACAAAGAGGUGAAGGACUAUCUGGCUGUGUGCAUUGCAUCUUUAAAGGCAGAGAGGCAGGCUCUAGAAGCCAAACUUAAGAAGACUGAAGAGGAUCUCUCAAGGCAGCUCAGUUAUGCCCAGCAGACUCUGUCUGAAAAGACUAAAGAGUUGGACAGACUGCGUUUAGAGUGGACAAGUCAGAGCAGUUUCCUGUCCAGCCGUCAUUCUCAGGAGCUGCAGGUAGAGCGAGAGAAGGCCACCGAGUUACAGAACAGUCUGCAGCAGCAAACGAUGCAGCUCCGUCAGGAGCUGGAGAGUUCUCAUAUGAAGAGCUGCCAGCAGCUCCAAAGCAGAUUGACAGAAAUGGAGACCUCCUGCAGAGAGCUGACAGAGAGGAAGUACAAGAAUGAGUCUGUCAUCAGAGACCUGAAGGUUAAACUAGCAGGUGCCGAAGAGGAGUGCCAGCGUUCCAAGCAGCAGGUUCUCUCUCUCAGGCGAGAAAACGGCUCUCUGGACACAGAGGUCCAUGACAAGGAGCGUUUGGUGACCCACUUGCAAAUGAGAGUGGCUGUUCUGGAGCAGGAAGUCAAAGACAAAGAACAGUUAAUGCACUGCACAAAGGAAGUGCUGGAAGCUACUCAGAAGCAGAAGGAAUCAAUGGAAGAAAGUGCUGAAAGUAAAGAACUUCAGAUAAGAAAGCUUGAAGCAACUGUAAAAUCACUCUCUGAGGAGCUGAUAAAGGCUAAUGGGAUCAUUAAGAAGCUGCAGGUGGAGGUUCAAGGCCUGGUUUCAAAAAUAAAAGUUAAAAACUCUGUGACCGUGUCACAGGAGAAAGUUCUUCAGGACACAUCUGAAAAACUGCACAAUGUGGAAAAGAACCUACAGACUGUUCAGCAGCAGCUAAUAACUAAGGAGGAGCAGAUUUCAAAGCUGAAGGAUCAUUUGGAGUCAACAGUACAGAAGCUAGAUGAAAGCAAAAAAGUGCUGAAAACCAAUGAGAAUGUUAUAAGUUGGCUCAACAAGCAGCUCAAUGAGAAGCAGCUGUCCAGAAAGCCUGAGUCUCCUGAAGCUUUGGAGAAUCCUUCAGUUAUUCCUGCAGCAACAGGACUGAGGGCACACUUUUACCCUCGGACAGACAAACCUGCUGACGGAGCCUCUGACCAGCAAAAAGCACAGUCAACCAACAAACAGAUUGGAGAUUCCACAGGUCUGGAUUCUAAGUACUUUGAGAGGAGAGACGAUAGCAUCCCAGUCUAUGGUCUGUCAUCUAAUCUUCUGCACAGAGACAUUCCACCACAGGCGAAGCCUUCUGUAGUGUCUGCAUACUUCUCUGCAUAAUGACUUGUGCCAUGUACAUCGAAUUUACUCCUGGUUAAUUAGGCUUCAGCUCCUCUUCUGGUAUUAACUUUCUGUGUUACAUAAUAUUUUUAGUAGUUGUUGAUGUCGUAGUAACUUAUUUUCUAAUGUUUGAAAUAUUAUUUUCAAACUGCUAAAUAGCAAUUUAAAUAUUCUGAUUACUGCAGUGAUUGUGGAGAAUGGAUAGGCUUUUUUUGUUUUUGUGUGCUGUGUAAUGGUUUCUGUUAAGUUUCACUGUAAAGCCAAGUGUCUAAUAAAAACUUUACCAUUUC